CUAUGAGGACAGUGGCAAGGGGGCGAUUCACCGCGGAGAAAUAGAAGAACGAAGUGCUACCCAUUGCUGGAGCUCUGAGCUCGGAGUAGCGGCAGGGAUGGGGCUGCGCGCGGCUCUGUUCGACCUCGGCGGAGUAUUAGUGCAUAGCUCCCCGAACAUCAUCUUCAGUCAGACGGAGGAAGCUUUGGCCCUGCCCAGGGGCUUUUUAAAUCAAGCUAUCACUCAAGAAGGCCUUGAUAGCCCCUACCUGCGCCUUAUGACAGGAGAGAUCACAUUUUCACAGUGGGUUCCUCUCAUGGAAGAAGAUUGUAGGAAGCUUUCUGCAGCCUCUGGUUUCUGCCUCCCAGAGCAAUUCUCUAUAGAGAAAAUCUUUGAAGAGGUGAUUUCAAAAGGAAAGAUCAAUUAUCCUAUCCUUCAGGCUGCCAUCACUUUGAAAAAUAAGGGAUAUAAAACCUGCAUUCUUACCAACAAAUGGUUGGAUGAUAGUCCCCACAGACAUACCAUUGCCCAGGUAGCAUGUACCAUAGGAAAACACUUUGACCUAAUGAUAGAAUCAUGCCGCACUGGAAUGGCCAAGCCAGACCCAGAGAUUUAUAAGUUUGCCCUUGAGGCAUUGAAGGUGACACCACAUGAGGCUAUUUUCUUGGAUGAUGAUGAAGCCAACCUCAAGAAAGCUCGUGAAGUAGGAAUGGUCACGAUCCUUGCCCAAAAUACUGACAUGGCUCUGAAGGAAUUGGAAAAAUCAACUGGCAUACAGUUUCUCCACCAAAAUAUGAUGCGACCUAUUGCAGUACAGCCAAGCAAUGUUGUCCAUGGAUUUGUUGAAGUUAAGCCUGGUGUUCAGCUACAUUUCGUGGAGAUGGGCUCUGGGCCUGUUGUGGUCCUCUGCCAUGGCUUUCCUGAAAGCUGGUUCUCUUGGAGGUAUCAGAUCCCAGCUCUAGCAGAAGCAGGCUACCGGGUUAUUGUUCCAGAUAUGAAAGGCUAUGGUGAUUCUUCUGCCCCCUAUGAAAUAGAAGAAUAUUCCCAGGAAGUCAUAUGUAAGGAGCUGAUUAUUUUUCUGGAUAAGCUGGGUAUUUUCCAAGCAGUGUUUAUUGGCCGUGACUGGGGUGGUGUUAUGGUGUGGAACCUGGCCCUCUGGUAUCCAGAAAGAGUAAGGGCAGUGGCUAGUUUGAAUACACCCUUCAGACCUGCAGAUCCAGCUGUGCCUUUUAUAGAGAAGAUCAACUCCAACCCAAUAUUUCAUUACCAGCUCUACUUCCAAGAACCAGGAGUGGCAGAGGCUGAACUGGAGAAGGAUCUCAACCGUACAUUCAAAUUAAUUUUCCGAGCGAGUGAUGAGAAAAAUUAUCUCAGACUUGAAAAUCUUCUUGAAAAAGGAAUCCUGAAAGAAAAUGAGAAUCCCCCUUGGAGUUGGAUGGUAACAGAGAAGGAGAUUGAGGUCUACGUGCAGCAGUUCAAGAAAUCUGGCUUCAGGGGCCCUUUAAAUUGGUAUCGGAAUUUGGAUGCAAAUUGGCUUUGGGGUUGCAUUGGAGCCAAAAGGAAGAUCUUUAUUCCAGCCCUGAUGGUCACAAUUGAGAAAGACAUGAUUCUCCUUCCAAAGUUGUCUGAGCACAUGCAAAAGUGGAUUCCCAACCUGAAAUGGAGAACUAUUGAGAACUGUGGACACUGGACUCAGAUGGAAAAGUAAGAAGAAACUGGAUAGCCUUUUAGAUGGCAUUUCUUGGGAGGCCUCUCUGGGGUAAAGUGGAAAGAGUAUUGGAUUUGGAGUUAAACAUGAUCUUCCCAACCCCAUUCCCAUCCCCAGGGUUCAGACUCCAGAUCUGACACUGCCUUAUGUGAAUCUGGACAAGUCACUUUGACUUUUCAAAGCUUUAAUUUCUUCCAUUGUAAAGGAAGUGUUUAGACUAAGAAAUCUCUAAGAUCCUUUUCAAUUCUAAUAUUCUAUGAAAAUGGGUAUAAUAUUGUUUACAUCGGUUUAUUGUUGAAAGGAUCAAAUUCAAAAUAAAUAUCAUGUACAUACUGUGUGAUACAAGGUGUCCCAAAAGUUAUUUAGAGGUGCAGGGACUUGCACUAAGAUUGAUGCCCUUUAAAAAGGCAUCUUAAUCAUUCUGUAUGGGAUUGUAAAUUCUCUAUUCUUCACUUAAUUUCAUUCAGGCAUGAAUUAUCUUCACUUUGGUCUUAGCUGUGCCCAAAUUCUGGCUUUACCAUGGAAAAAUUACACCAGAAGAAUUUACUUUUUAAAAAUUCCUUAAGAAAAAAACCAAAUAGAAAAAGAAAUUGACAGAAAAAAGAAAAAAACAAAAUAAAACAUUGUCAUUUGCCCAGCAGAACAUCAGAGAGAAUUCACAAUAUAUAAUGACAAAUUUCCCUUUCAAGAAAGCAUAUAUAAUAGUAAAAGAUAUUGUUUUCAUGACUAUCCAUCUUUGCUUAUAAGUUAUUCUUUUGGUUUCUGCUAUGCACUUUUUAUUUUAUUCUUUUUUUUCCCUUUCAUCUCCCCAUCUCU